GAGAUGUAAGUUAUUUUUGUAUUUCUGGUCUGAUGUCUUGGUGUAUUUAGUUUAUGCUUGUGGAAGUGCAAUUGGAUGUCGGAGCUAGAGAUCGUGGAAGGGGACGUGGUCGGAGCCGCGGGGCUCUAGUAGCGGAUGAGAGUGUGGCACAGAGUGCUACGGUUGAGCAGGACGGGGGUUUGCAUGCGGAUCGGGAGGGGUCUGAGGGUUUGGCCGGUGGGGGUGCCGGUGUGGCUGGAGUUCCAGCGGAGGCUGUAGAGAGGGUACCAGCACAAGCUCCGGGAGUACCACCAGUGGCUGAGAUGCAACCGAGGGUUGCAGUUGCAGAGGAGCUCCCAUCUUACAUCAAGAUGAUGGAGCAGAUGCAGAGGAUUGGCACAGAAUUCUUUUCGGUGGUGGAGUUGGUCGAGACAGCUGUGUUGUUGGAGGAGGGUCUGAAGGACGAGGUGGUGGUGACUAGCCCAACCCUUCAGCCAAAGAAGCCUCAGCAGCAGUUCAGUUCUAGCAAGAGCGGUAAGCCGGUGCAGGGAUAUAAGCGUAAGAAGGAUGAGACUCAUAGGGCUAGCCAGGGCGGUUAGGGAUGCUUCGGGUGCGAAAGCAAGGACCAUAGGGUGGCGAGCUGUCCUCGGAGGAGUGGUACAGAUACUCGGGUGUGUUUUCACUGUAAGGAGGCGGGGCAUAUAAAGCCCAAGUGUCCUA